AAACCUUACGGCUGUGAAGUUCUGAUACACGGUGAAUCAGUCAAGAUGACCAAAAGAUAAAGUUGUACGGUUAAGAUAUGCAGAUGAACUACAGAUUGCAAAGAGAAGGACUAUAUAUAUUGGUAGAGAAACCAUCAGAGCUUAAACCUGAAACGAACCCUUCUCACCAAGUAAAGAAUCUUACCCAAAAAAGCAAGUCUUGAUCUGAAGAACAAUGAAUCUGCACUCAAGACCCAUCCUUUGACUAGUUGAUGCAUUUUUCUCCGGACAGAGAAUGGCGGCGGCUGUCUGAAGUUAUUUGGAGAAAGUGAAGAUUUUUAGGGUUCUGAGAAGUUUUCAUCACUUGAAGUCUUUUAAUAGUACUAUAUGAUAAUGGAAUUGCCUCGAUACUAAUGCAAUUGACGACAAUGCCCACAAGAACAGAGCAAAAUGUCUCCAUACUCAGAAACCUCUGUUCUGCUACUUCCCAUGGUCGAUAAAUGCAUAAAUCUCUUACAAACCUACGGCGUUUCAUCGCUAACGAGACUCAGAAAAAUCCACGCUUUUUCAAUCCGACAUGGAGUCUCAAUCUCCGACGCCGAGCUGGGGAAACACCUCAUCUUCUACCUCGUGUCUCUUCCCUCUCCACCUCCAAUGUCUUACGCUCACAAGGUCUUCUCCAAGAUUGAUAAACCCAUCAAUGUCUUUAUUUGGAACACAUUGAUUAGAGGCUACGCCGAGAUUGGUAAUUCCGUCUCUGCUGUUUCUCUUUACCGUGAGAUGAGAGUCUCUGGUUUGGUCGAGCCAGAUACUCAUACUUACCCGUUUCUUCUUAAAGCUGUGACGAAAAUGGCGGAUGUUAGGCUAGGAGAGACGAUUCAUUCCGUUGUUAUAAAAAGUGGGUUUGGUUCGUUGAUAUAUGUUCAGAACUCUCUGCUCCAUUUAUACGCCAAUUGUGGAGAUGUAUCUAGUGCUUACAAGGUGUUUGAUAAAAUGCCUGAGAAAGAUCUUGUGGCUUGGAACUCUGUGAUUAAUGGGUUUGCAGAAAACGGUAAGCCAGAAGAAGCUUUGGCGCUUUAUACUGAAAUGGAUUCGAAGGGUAUCAAGCCUGAUGGGUUCACAAUCGUUAGCUUGUUGUCUGCUUGUGCAAAGAUUGGUGCUUUGACAUUGGAUGUGGAAGAGUCGAAGAAGCCAAACAUGCUUUUCGAUGAAAUGGUGGACAAGAACAGUGUCUCGUGGACUUCAUUGAUUGUCGGUUUAGCUGUUAAUGGCUUUGGAAAAGAAGCAAUUGAGCUUUUCAGGAAUAUGGAAUCAAAGGAGGGAUUGUUACCAUAUUUAGCAGAGUUAGCUAGAAUGAAGAUCGUACAACUAGAACCAAACCACAGCGGCGAUUAUGUCCUCUUGUCGAAUAUGUAUGCAUCCGAGCAGCGUUGGUCCGAUGUGCAAAAGAUAAGGAAACAAAUGCUAAGAGACGGUGUGAGAAAAGUUCCCGGUCACAGCUUAGUAGAAGUAGGAAACAGAGUUCAUGAGUUUCUCAUGGGUGAUACGUCUCAUCCACAAAGUGAUGAAAUUUACGCUAAGCUGAAAGAAAUGACUGAUAGAUUGAGACUGGAAGGUUACGUGCCGCAGAUUUCAAACGUCUAUGUAGAUGUUGAGGAGGAAGAGAAGGAGAAUGCUCUGGUUUACCACAGUGAAAAGAUUGCUAUUGCUUUUAUGCUUAUUAGCACACCGGAAAGAUCUCCGAUUCGAGUCGUGAAGAAUCUUAGAGUAUGUGCAGAUUGUCAUUUAGCAAUCAAACUUGUGUCAAAGUUUAUAAUCGAGUGAUUGUUGUCAGAGAUCGUAGCAGGUUUCACCAUUUUAAAGAUGGUUCUUGUUCUUGCCAAGAUUACUGGUAAUGUAGAAAAUAAAAUUAUUGUUUCAUC